AUGACAACAAAGCGGUUCGAGUUUAAAUCGUCGAAGCUCUCAUCUGCAGCAGAUCAGUUAUGGACAGCCAGUAAGAGUGGUUUCAAAGCAGAUGAGAAAAAUAUAAAAUUGGAUCUUGGCAAAACGCUUGCCAAGGAUAAAUCGGAAAAGAGCAGAAACAUGGAAGCGGUAAAGAGUGUCGCUGAUGGCUUUAUAUUUGGCUCUAAAUUAUCGGAAAAAGUAAUCAUCAACAAUGGAGAUAAGGCGGAUGAACAAAUCAACGGUGAUAAUUCCAUAAGUGAAUUUGCUGUAAUAAAGAAUGAAACUAAAAGUGAUGCUCCAAAAAGUGUCAUGGAAGUAUUUGAGGAAAUCAAACAGAAAGCUGCUUCAUCGUCCUUUAUCAACAAUCAUAAAGCAAAAGAAUCAGUUGCAGAAGUAGAAACAGUCUCUGCUUCAUCGAGUUCAGUUAUUAACGAAGAUAAUUCGAUUACGUCUUCAGAGAAAGAGGAGUCAAUUCCACCAAAACUAGAUAUUUUAACUGGUGAGGAGGGUGAAAUAAACAUAUAUCGAGCAAUGUGUAAAUUACAUUCAUUUGACAAUUCAACAAAAUCGUGGACAGAGCGUGGUAUGUCUUGCUUACGUAUUAACGAACGGGGCGAACAGCCUCCUUACACAUAUCGAAUCGUCGGCCGAGUAAUGGGCAACCAAAGGGUAGUGCUAAAUUCGCAAAUAUUUCCGGAUAUGAUUGUUGAAAAAUUGUCAAUGAAACGGGUGAAGUUUUCAGCCACAGCGCCAGAUUCAGAAGUUCCAUCACUUUUUCUUGCCACAGCAUCUGAAUUUGUCGUUGCACAACUUUAUGGAACCCUCUCUCGAAUUGUGGAUAACAAGAAAAAGGAAACAACACGUAAGAGAAAAAUCUCAGAUACAGUUCCAGAGAAUGAUAAUAUCGAAUCAAAAAAAGUUCUGGCUUAA